UGUAGAGUCUGUGGAAUCUGUGUAGCCCACAAACCAUGUGAAUAAGCUUUUCUGCAGCACGACCUUCAUACGGAGACUCCCAGUCCACGCCGAUUGGCUGCAUUGCACAGUUUUUCUGACUAUUGGUUCAUGGGAGUGCGUCAGGUCCCAAUACAGUCUGAACCUUGUAACCGAGGGGUGGAAUGAGGUUUACAGACAAACUUUCUUUGACAAGAGACGCAAACUUGGACGUCUGGACAAGUGCACUGGGCUUAGUUACUGUUAUUCUGGAAGUAUGAAAAGUUUAAAGCAGCGACUUAAGAAAAACGAGAGUACAGAAUGGGGAAAGCUUGAUGAGCGUCUGAUGAAAGCAGUGGAAAAUGGAGAUACAGACAAACUCACAGUCAUACUCAAGAAAGGAGCUAACCCCACCAGACUAGACCCAGAGGGCUGUUCUGCGUUUCACGUUGCUGCUAGUAAAGGCCUCAUAAAUAGUCUAAAUGCUUUCCUGGAUAACAGUGUCAAUGUGAAGGCAGUAGAUGUUGCCGGUAAAACAGCUUUGCAUAUGGCUGCAGGGGGUGGUCAUUCCAUGUGUGUGCAAAAGCUUCUGCAGUUUAAAUGUCCUGUGGACAGCAGAGACCUGCAGGGACGUACAGCUUUGCAUGAUGCAGCAUAUGUAGGCUGCAAAGCAGUCAUCAAAAUGCUCUGUGACAGUGGCGCAUGCAUUGAUGCUCUUGACGCAGAUGGUAGGUCUCCACUAUUGCUAGCUGCUAAGAUGUGCCAACCUGGAGCAUGCCAGCUGCUAGUGCAGUACGGGGCACACACUAUUCUUCAAGACAAGCAAAACAAAACAGCACUGAUCCUAGCUUGUGAGAACUGCUGUAAAGAAGCUGUGGAGAUUCUCCUGAAGACUAAGGCAGAUAUGUCAGCAGUGGACCUCUAUGGCCAUGAUGCUUACCACUAUGCCAGACUAAGUCAGAACCAAGACUUGAUUACACUUGUAAAACAUGCUUUGGAAGCAGCCACUAAAGCAAAAGAGACUGUCACAGUUCUGCAGAAGAUCAAACAGGCUAAAUCCUCAUCUGGAGGGAUUGGUUGGGCCAAAGCAGGAUCAGUCAAGAUGGAGAAAGUUUUAUCAGAACCAAUCACAAGGGAACAUAGCAGUCGCUCCACUGAGGGAAAAGAUGCCAAACAGAGUCAUAAUCUGGAUUCCUCACAGGUCAGGCAUGCACAGUCUGCUUCUGUCCCAGUCAGAUCUGCUCCCAUAUCAGUGGACUUAUUGCCUGGUGAGGUGGAGGCCCUUCGAAGAGAACUGAGAGAGUCACGGAGAAGACAUGAAGCAGCAGAGGUGGAGGUGCACAGGCUGGAUACAGCAAUAGCCCUGCGUGGUCAGGAGUAUGAAGGAUUGAGGAGGAGCAGCGAGCAAGCCCUGCAUGCGGCCCACAGCCGGGCGUGGGAGCUGGAGGAGGCCCUGGAUGAGGUGCAGAGAAGAAUGGCAGGCUCUGAGACCCGAGUAAGGCAGAUGCAAGCUCAUUUAGUGGCUGUCCGAGAGCACCUGGUGGAGGAGCUGAGAGUCAAGCUUCAAGAAGCCAAAGGCCAGCGGGAGGCCGCCGCAGCAGAACUGGGGAAGAUGCAGAUGGAGCUUAGCCAGAGCAUGUGGGAGGUGGAGCAGCAGAAGGAGAACCAGAGCUCCCUAAUGCAGGAACUUAGCCGGCUUUCCCAGGAGCUGCUCAGUAGAGAACAGCAGAUAAACAUAUUAAGGUCCAGGUUAGCAACGGUGGAGGCACAACAAGCUCAGAUGUUGUGUAAGGAGACCCAAACCCCAUCAGAGUGGUGCCCCACCGAUGCAAAGUGUACAAUGACUGAUCUUAUCACAGAGAUCUGUGAACCGACCAUAGAUCCAGAGAGAUACAUCAGCAAGGCCGAGCAUGUGGCCGCAACAAGCCUGCUAAACAAUGCACUGCAGCAGGCUGAAGCCAGGGCUGAGGAGGCUCUGCAGAAGUACCAGUGUGCCCAAGAGGAAAACCAGAGCUUGCUGAGAGAGCUCCAAGAACAGAAGACCGAGCUGGACACCAUACAAGAGGCUCUGCAGGCCAAGUUUGUCCCUGUGGCCUUAUUGGAGGAAAAGGAGAAAGAGGUAGAGCAGCUCAGACUGGCCCUUGAAGAGAUGGAGAAGAGACAAAACCAGGGGAGUGUGAACAUCUCAACCAGAGAAGAAGGGGAUGCUCAGAAUUUAGAGGUGUUGGUGGAGCAUGAGAAACAGCGGGGGGCUCAGGGCAGCUCCUGUGAACCCCCACAUUCAGACUGCUCCCUCCAGGCUCAGGUCUACAGCCUACAACAGCAGCUAGAGGACUCUGAAAAACAUUACAGACAUGUACUUUCAAUAUAUCAAAAACGAUUGCUCAGUGCAGCACAGGGUUUCAUGGAUGAAGAGGCCAGAGUGGCUCUGCUUCAGAUUGCCAAGAUGAGAGAGGAGUGUGUUUGUUGAGCAUAACAUUUAGUGUUUAUGUAUGUGUGUGUG